AUGUCAGUGCGAGCAGAAACGGAAUUUAAGCAGAAAUAUUCAGAGCCAUUAGCAAAUUUUUUUAACGAGCAAGAGACAAAAUUAAAAGAAAGAAUGACUAAUUUUGAAAUUAAUCAUUUUGAAACCGAAAUAAAUAAUUUUGUUGGAAACUUUCGUAGCUACUUGGAAAAAGCCGUUCAAUCAGAAGGAAAAAUUCUCAAUGAUAGUCGUAAUACUGGUCUCACUAAGGGUCUGGGUUCCCUAGAUUUACUGGCUCUGCAAAAAGAAAUCAAUCGGGCGAGUUUUGACCAAAGUGGUUUUGAAGGGAAAGAACUAACCGAGCAAUAUAAGGAAUUAUUAGGACGAAUUUAUUUUUCUCCGGCGGAAAAAACAGAUAAUUUUGACCUUAAAAACAAAGGCAUUAAUGCUUUUGCCAUUCGAGCACUCUUUGCUAAACACUCCCUAAAUUACGGAAGCAAAGGCCGCGGAUUUGAAAAAGUUUUACAAAGAGAAAUGUUGGAAGAAUUUUUCUUAGUUCCUCCCCGCCGAGCCGUUCCGACCUGGGAAAAUGAAUUAUUAAACUUUUUGGAGCAGUUAACUAAGGAAAUAAGCCACAACCCCCCUUCGCCUUACUUAGCACUCGGUCAAUACCAAAUUGAUGUUUAUCGUCUCGCUUUGGAACGAACCAAGUCCGCCGUUUAUGCGACUUUGGCAAAACAUGGUUACGCUUCGGAUAGCCCGUUAGUUACUGAACGAACCGAACAGGCCGCCGCCAAAUUUUUCUCUUACUUUACUGAAUUCACACCAGAGCAAAUGGCCGCACGAAAGGCAGAAAUGAACCAAUUUUGCUCCAAAUUUUGGCGGUUAGUUUAUUGCCGACCCCAAAUCGGUUCCACCCAAAUUACCGUUUCUUUUAACCCCUACUUUGCUGCUGACCCCACCGAAGAGGAGGUUUCCGACCGAUUUAUUUACCAGCCAGCGGUUAAGGGAGUUAAUUUGUUCGGUCAAGAACUAAUUUUCCAACCCGCUCAAUCAAUUCGUUUAAAUAAGUCAGAAACUCCUGUUAUUGAAGAAUACCAAGAAAAACGAAUCCGACAAUUAACCGAAGAUUACUUAGCCAAUGACCUUUCUGUUGCUAAUUCGCUUGUUAAUUUAGACGACCAUCAGAAACGAUGA